UUAGGUAUCAACCAUGGGGACCUCAAUGACCACAACAUCUUACUGGAUACCGAUUCUGCUUCCCCUGAAAGUCCGCGCUACAGAGUGUCGGGUAUCUUGGACUUCGACAUGAGCUACGGCUGUUAUGUAUUCGAAGUGGCAAUCACCAUCAUGUACAUGAUGAUUGAGAGCCAGGAUCCGCUCGGCGUCGGAGGGCACGUCCUUGCAGGGUUCGAAAGCAUCGUUCCCUUGACCGCCGAGGAGCGAGAUGCCCUCCUCCUCCUUGUGAGCGGAAGGUUUGCUCAGUCUCUCGUGAUGUCCGCACACACCAUUCGGCUGCAGCCCGAGAAUGAAGAGUACCUGAUGAUCACGGCCAAAACGGGAUGGAAGCGCUUGGCGAAGCUUCUUGAGGUGGGCCAGGAAGCCGUGGAGAAGAUCUGGUUUGAGACGGCAGAGAGAUAUGCCUGCAACGACCCACCUAUAGAUCUCGUAUUACAUAGUGAUCAGUCUUGUAUAUUAAAUAUGGGGAAAUAACAAUUCCCAGUGUAAAUACUGCAGGGGUAUUGAAUAAAUGAUGCUAAUUUGCAAGUACCCUUACCCAAGGGUCAUUUCGUAG